UCGGAUUUAAAAUCAUUUAAUUAAUCACGAAUUUAAUAUUACUUCCAUUAAGCAGCAGAAACAUGAGUUCCGACACAUUAAAUAUAGCUCGCCGAAAGCUCAACGAAGUGCUUGGCGAAAAAUCAACAAAAUACUUCCAUCACAUGAAACAAUGGUUUCGAAUGAAACUUACGAAAGAAGAAUUCGACACAGAAGCUCGAGCCCUGUUAUCUUCAGACCAAGUCCACUUCCACAACGAGUUUUUACUAGCCUUGUUGAACAAAGUGGAAGGUUUGGCCGAGACAUCUAUUAAUAUCGCACAGGAGAAAGCUACCUCCCACAACAGGAAUAGUCGUCGGCAUAAACGAAGUUCGCGUACGUCGGAGAAGUCGAACUUCGAACCGGUGGAUUUGCUGGAAUAUUUGCCGCCGAAUUCCCCGCCUGGUGCGGGCAGCGAUGGGGCUCUGAAAUACGCAGCACAGGAAAUCUUCCUCCCUGACCACGCAUUAGUCGUUGGCCGUUUCAUGCUAGCAGCAUGGGAGCUGGGCCUCGAAGGUGCUGACGACGAAGCAGCAGACCUAAUCGUAGUCGCCGUCCAAAACUUCCUCAAAAACAUAAUCUCAGCCGUCGUAACGCAACGGAAAGGUUACAAGCUACGUAAUAACUUCAUGUAUGACGUAGGUGGGGAUAUGCCUAAUAUGUGGCUGCGGAAUACGGCGAAGCUGUAUGAUCCGCAGGGCGAUGGGAGAGUGGAGGUUGAUGAUGCGGUGGAUGGGUUGGGGCCGCGGUGUCCCCCGACUAUAGAUGAGGUUGAGCAUGCUACGGCUUAUGAGAUUGCUUGCAGUGUCCCAAACCCGUCGCCAAACGACGACAAACUAACCAUAGACGAGUUCUACAAUACCCUCCUGACACACAGAAACGUGAUCGCCAGUCAUUCAGUAUACGCCGUGAACAUGGAACGACUAGCCGUCAUGUUGAACCAUCCAAGUUAUUGAGAAGGAGGCAAAG